CACGUAUUGACGUUUGCUGCAUUGACCAUACAAACGCCGACAGGUCAAACACAAAAAACCUAUAGACAACUCAAGAAACCACGUCAAUUAAGCACAUAUGUAACUAGUUAAAGCUUAUUUAAGUGUAAAACGAUGGUUCGGAAUAGGAAAACCGUUCAUAUACAGCAUACACAUCGUGGUAACGGGACUAGUAGUAGUUCCGCAAGCAGUGACAAUGGUACUGGCAGCCGCACACUAAAAGUUCUCUCAGGAUGGAAAACUGUGAUAGGAUCCGUGUGUUUAACUGUUGCUGUGUACGUUGGGACCUUAGGGUACUUGGAAACCAGGGUGAACACCCCUUUCAGCGAUGAAAAGAUAGUAUCAGAGACAGGUCUGGCUGUCCCGAGCCGGUAUUGGGGCACGUACCGGCCUGGAGUGUACCUGGGUAUGAAGAGCCGAGAGCCCCGCUCCCCCGUCUUUGGGCUCAUGUGGUAUGACUUGACCAGCGUGGCGCAGAAGGGCAUCAGACAUUGGUGCGACCAGGGCGAUAACCUCCCCUCCUACGGCUGGCUGCAGCAUGACGGGGAACAGUGGGGGGAGCAACGCAUCCUGGAUCCCCCCCACGAGAUCUACACAUCCUUCAUCAAGACACCGGGGGGCGAGCAUGGCGGACAUUGGACUGUCCGCAUCAACGUCACUGCUAAGAACAACGUGUACGCCCCGUACGUGCUGGUGUGGUACGGAGCCCUGGACGAGGCGCUGGGGGCGCCGCUCUCCCGCCUCUGGCUGGAGGGCGGCGCCCUGCACGGCCACACGCCGCAGCUGCACAACUUCCGGGUCACCCUGGUGCCGCUGACGGGGAAGGUCCUCCACACAUCGUUCUCCGAAGGCCACGCACCAGGGCUGCAUCUUCUGAAGGAGAAGUUCUAUUCCCUUCUCAAAGCUGAGCCACACCCUACUUUCGGUAGAAUAGCCGUACUUAGCCCUGACGAGGAAUUGAGAAACAAGGAGGCAGAAGUAAACUUCGUACCGAUCCAGAUGAUAGUGGAGCCCCCGUUCGUGAUGGAUGUGGUGUUCACUAUAGAGGACCUUCCCACCCCGCCUCUGAAGGGGGAGGAAUAUACCAGGGUGUUAGAAGAUAAGAGGAGGCUCUUCAACGACGAGUUUGAGAGGAAGUUCGGAUUGAGGCAGAAAAACUAUUCGGACCAGGAUAUCAGCAUAGCACAGGCGGCUCUGUCGAACAUGAUCGGUGGCAUCGGGUACUUCUACGGCGCGGGCCGCGUCCGAUCACAAUAUACUAGAGAACCGGUGCCUUAUUGGAGGGCGCCACUAUAUACCGCUGUACCUAGCAGAUCUUUCUUCCCCCGCGGGUUCCUCUGGGACGAGGGUUUCCACGGGCUCCUCAUCCAGCGCUGGUCUCCAGAGAUCCAGAUGGACAUAGCGGCCCACUGGCUGGACCUCAUCAACGUUGAGGGCUGGAUCCCCAGGGAACAGAUACUUGGAACGGAGGCCCUAGCGAGGGUCCCUAAAGAGUUCGUUGUGCAAAGUAACGCGGCAGCCAACCCCCCCAUGCUACUCUUAACUAUAGCCCAUCUCGUCAAAACGCAACCCCAACUCUUCCAACCACACUGGCCUUUGAGAAGGACGUUGGAUCGAAUGUUCACGAGACUACAGAGCUGGUACCAGUGGUUCCAGUCGUCGCAGAAAGGAGAAGAACCCACCACCUAUCGCUGGCGAGGCCGGGAGGACGACGGGCUGCAACUCAACCCGAAGACAUUGACUUCGGGCUUGGAUGACUAUCCGAGAGCGUCACACCCGUCAAGUAUAGAGCGUCACGUAGACCUGCGCUGCUGGAUGUACGCGGCCGCCGACGCUAUGGCGACCAUAGCUGACGUGCUACAGAGAGAUACCACCAGAUUUGAAGCGACCCGCGACCAGUUGGGCGACGAAGAGUUGCUGAACCAGCUGCACUGGUCGCCGCACACACACACUUAUGCUGACUACGGUUUGCACACGGACGGCGUCCGGCUGGUCCGGCAGCCGGCCAAGCGUCCGGGGGAGACCGCUAAAGUGGUCCGGAGCGUCACCGUACCGGCGGAGCCUAAACUGGUCACUUCCGCUUUUGGCUACGUGUCCCUCUUCCCCAUGCUGCUAAAAGUACUGAAACCCGACAGCGAGAAUCUAGGCAAGAUACUUCGAGACCUCGACAAACCGGACCUGCUGUGGUCCAAAUAUGGACUCAGAUCACUUUCAAAAUCAUCACCACUUUACAUGAAACGGAACACAGAACAUGAUCCGCCAUAUUGGCGCGGUCAGGUGUGGAUCAACGUCAACUAUCUCGCUCUGGCGGCCUUGAAGCACUACUCUAGAGAGGGACCGCACGCUGUGCGAGCGGGACAGCUGCACGACAGACUGAGAGAGAACAUCGUUCGAAACAUUCUGGGCGAGUACCGGCGCACGGGGUACUUCUGGGAGCACUACUCGGAUGUGGACGGCGCCGGCGCCGGCUGCCGGCCCUUCACCGGCUGGACCGCCCUACUACCGCUCAUCAUGGCCGGAGAAUAUUAACCUCUAGCCGCCCAGACACCUAUAAAAAGGUCUCCUGUUCCAUUCUAAUUUGAACUAUGUGUUGACAAAAUAAAAUUUCAUUUUGCUUGGCAAGGUUUGACGCAUGGGCUAGUGGUUAAAUAUAACAUACAAAUUGAUUUAUUGACCCAGAAAAAAACCAACGUAACAAUAACAGCAUAGGUACCUUUACAUCCACAGCGCAGGCUUCGUCAUACAGAUAGCCCAUCCACCUCAGGUUUCGUCAAAUAAAAUAUUAAAUAUUGUUUUCACCACACCAGCUCGGAAAGGCUUACUUUGCACUUCGAAAACGAAUAGCAAAGUUGCAUUUUAUCCACAUGUGAGGCAAAGUAAUCAAAUGCAAAUUUUGAGUUGUUUUCUUAUGUUUUUUGGUAGAAUUGACUUUUAAGUGAUGAUUUUGGAAGAUAAAUAUUUAAUAACAUUCAUUUGGAUUUGAUUUGGUUUGAUUUUGUUUGAUAUUUUACAUUUAAUAUUUGCUUCGGGUUGGUGUGGUGAAAAAUUGUGUGUUUCACUCGGGGGCAAAUUUUGUUUAACCCUCGUGCUUUGAAACCCUCGCAACGCUCAAGAUUCCAUUUUUCGAACCACUCGCUACGCUCGUGGUUCAAUUUUGGAAUCUUUCGCUUGGUCGGGUAUCAAUAUUAGCACGAGCGGUUAAACAACAACUUUGCCCCCGAGUGAAACAAAUAACUAUUAAAUCCUCCUGCUAGUCGUAAUUUGUUGAGUAAUACACUUUCCGUUAGUCGCGACAUGCGUGACAUCUAGUGUCGAGUAUAGUGUAAAUCUUUUGAACUGAGCUAGUUUACUCAAAGAGUCUCAAGAAUACAAUACCAUUGAGAGGUAAACCACAAAUCAAAAUAACUACCUCGUAGUAAAAGCAGAUUAUAACCGCUUUGAAAUGUAGUAUAGAUUAACGACUCUAUUUCUUUAACAAUAGACUACAAAAUACACUAACUAAAAAUUGUAUAUGAUAGUAUCUUUUUAGACCAUUUUAACCCCAUUCAACAAGGAAUAAGGUUAAAAAUUCAAUGUACAUGCAAUGUACUUCUAACUUAUUUUGAAAGUAAACUGGUUGGCGCCUACGAGAACAAAAACAGAUAAUAGGAUUGUAAUUUUUUUUUUUUAUUAUUAUUAAUGGGCUUACUCAUGGCCACAGACUAGCCGAGGCAAUAAAACAAUGCUAUUGUUAGUCAGGUAAGUGAACAAGCUCAGUUCAAAAAAUGUUUACUAUAGCAGUACUGAUAAUUCCGUUACUUGACGCUAGAUGUCGCGUCGACUACGAAAAUAAUAGUCGUUUUGGUAACAAUACUAACGUAAUAGUAGAGAUGCAACGGAUAGUUGUUUGGCCGGAUACCGGAUAGUAACCGGAUAUCCGGUGCAUCUCUAGUAUAUACUAUAGAUGAUCCGGUGCAUCUCUAUAGUGCUCACUCCGUACAUCAGAUUCCUUACUUAAUAAAUAAUAAGUUGCAUGGGAGGUAUAGUAAACGCCUGCGGCUGUCGUGAAUUAACACCCCCGUUUCCAAUAUUUCACUUACCGUCGUUGCACAAUGUACUAUAAUUUUCGACUGCUUUUAAAUAUAUCGGUAUCAAGCAUUUACAAGUCACGAACACUACGCCAAAAAGCCGCUCCCAUACAAUUUUAAAAUGAAAUUCGUUUGUGUGGCGGCGGCUAAGUUCGUUUGACUCUGGACAAAUAUACAGGGUGUUUGCCAAAUUAAAACGGCAGAAAGGUUUUCCUAUCUGCUCAUGUCUACAAAAAAAAAUUGGCCAUGUUUUUUUUACUACUGCUCAAGUAGAAAUUUGAAAUUUACGAAAAACUGCCAUAGAACUGAAAAAAAAAUGUGCGCAAAAUUAAAAAUUUCUACGCCUGGGAAAAUAGCAAAAGACUCAACCUAUUUGCCGUUUUAAUUUGGCAAACGAUGUACCAAACACCCUGUAUUACAGAAAUAAUGUAAUCUUUUUUUAAGCCGACAAUGUUUUUAGCUUGUAAGUAUUUAGUGAUAUCUGUAUAUAUAGUGACGGUGAAAAUAAUGACACUAGAAGGAUCUGAGGGCCUACCACGAACCACGUUCACCGUGUUACCUCCCUGUCACACUUACGUACGAAUUUACAAGUGUGACAGAGAAGCAACACGUUGAACGUAUUUCGCGGUAGGCCCUCUGUAGCAAGGGCAUCCAAUAUCGGACGAUAUUCAGCGCCUCUACCGCGAAAACCGAAAUUCGCAAAUUGCGGGGAUCUUUCUCUUUUACUCUCAUGAAUACGUAAUUAGAGUGACAGAGCAAAACCGGGCAAGUGCGAGUCGGACUCGCGCACGAAGGGUUCCGUACCAUAAAGCAAAAAAAAAACGGAAAAAAAUGCAAAAAGAAAACGGUUACCCAUCCAAGUACUGACCACGCUCGACGUUGCUUAACUUUGGUCAAAAAUCACGUUUGCUGUAUGGGAGCCCCACUUAAGGUGGUUCGCCUAGGUUACUCAAAACUUAACUCUCGCUAGAUGGUACCACUUUUGCAAAAUUUCAGAUUAUAUUUUUUUGUGAAUUGGUCUUGGUAUUUGUAGACUUAAAAGUAUGUUUCGCGCACUCUUUAAGUAAAUAUUGAACUAUUAAACUAAACAUUGAAUACUUCAUUGUGCAAAAACCACCUUUUUAAUUCGACGGAGUGUUGCUGUCACGCUUGUUCCUACUAUAACUCACACAUGCAAACAGUGUUUUCGUGAUCCUUGUAGUAGACAAUUUCACACAACGUAAGUAUGUUGCAAUAGCGUAACGGUAUGUUCGUGGAAAUACGUGCAAGAGGAUUGGGGUUCAAGACUGGUGCGAGUAGGUAAUUUCUUUUUGUUUCUCCUUUGUGUUAUCUUACCUUUAAACGAGCAAUUAUUAGAUAUAUAAUUAUUUAUUUGUAUAUUUGGAUGGUAUCAGAAACGGCUCUAACGAUUUCGAUGAAA